CCCACAGGACUGUUUGCAACCUCUGAGCAUGCAGGCUCUCCCAGCCCAGCCUGAGUCCUUGUGUAUUGUGGAAAUGGGUGGGACUGAGAAGCAGGAUGAGCUGGGUGAGAGGGGCUCGAUCGGCUUCCUAUACCUGAAUAUUGGGCUACAGAAUGGUGUGCUGCUGAGGACAGUUCUGGACCCUGUCACUGGGGAUCUAUCUGACACUCGCACUCGAUACCUGGGGUCCCGUCCUGUAAAGCUCUUCCGUGUCCGAAUGCAAGGCCAGGAGGCAGUAUUGGCCAUGUCAAGCCGCUCAUGGUUGAGCUAUUCUUACCAGUCUCGCUUCCAUCUCACCCCUCUGUCUUAUGAGACCCUAGAAUUUGCAUCUGGCUUUGCCUCGGAACAGUGUCCCGAGGGCAUUGUGGCCAUUUCCACCAACACCCUGAGGAUUUUGGCAUUAGAGAAGCUAGGUGCUGUCUUCAAUCAAGUAGCCUUUCCGCUACAGUACACGCCCAGGAAAUUUGUCAUCCACCCUGAGAGUAACAACCUUAUCAUCAUUGAAACGGACCACAAUGCCUACACUGAGGCCACAAAAGCUCAGAGAAAGCAGCAGAUGGCAGAGGAAAUGGUGGAAGCGGCAGGGGAGGAUGAGCGGGAGCUGGCUGCAGAGAUGGCAGCGGCAUUCCUCAAUGAAAAUCUCCCUGAAUCCAUUUUUGGAGCUCCCAAGGCUGGCAGCGGGCAGUGGGCCUCUGUGAUCCGGGUGAUGAAUCCCAUUCAGGGGAAUACACUGGACCUUGUCCAGCUGGAGCAGAAUGAGGCAGCUUUUAGUGUGGCCGUGUGCAGGUUCUCCAACACUGGGGAAGACUGGUAUGUGCUGGUGGGCGUGGCUAAGGACCUGAUACUGAACCCCCGAUCUGUGGCAGGGGGCUUUGUCUAUACUUACAAGCUUGUGAACAAUGGGGAAAAACUGGAGUUUUUGCACAAGACGCCAGUGGAAGAGGUCCCCGCUGCCAUUGCCCCAUUCCAGGGGAGGGUGUUGAUUGGUGUGGGAAAGCUUUUGCGUGUCUAUGACUUGGGGAAGAAGAAGUUACUCCGAAAGUGUGAGAAUAAGCAUAUCGCCAAUUAUAUCUCUGGGAUCCAGACUAUUGGGCACAGGGUAAUAGUGUCUGACGUCCAAGAAAGUUUCAUCUGGGUUCGCUACAAGCGGAAUGAGAACCAGCUCAUCAUCUUUGCCGAUGACACCUACCCCCGAUGGGUCACUACAGCUAGCCUCCUCGACUACGACACUGUGGCUGGGGCAGACAAGUUCGGCAACAUAUGCGUGGUGAGGCUCCCACCUAACACUAACGAUGAAGUGGAUGAGGAUCCCACAGGAAACAAAGCCCUGUGGGACCGAGGCUUGCUCAACGGGGCCUCCCAGAAGGCAGAGGUGAUCAUGAACUACCAUGUUGGGGAGACAGUGCUGUCAUUACAGAAGACCACGUUGAUCCCUGGAGGCUCCGAGUCACUUGUCUAUACCACCUUGUCAGGAGGAAUUGGCAUCCUUGUCCCGUUCACAUCCCAUGAGGACCAUGACUUCUUCCAGCAUGUGGAAAUGCAUCUGAGAUCUGAGCAUCCCCCUCUCUGUGGGCGGGACCACCUCAGCUUUCGUUCCUAUUAUUUCCCUGUUAAGAAUGUGAUUGAUGGAGACCUCUGUGAGCAGUUCAACUCCAUGGAGCCCAACAAACAAAAGAAUGUCUCUGAAGAACUAGACCGAACCCCACCUGAGGUAUCCAAGAAGCUUGAAGAUAUCCGGACCCGUUAUGCCUUCUGAGUCCCCCCUUUACGCCUUCUGAGUCCCCCCUUUACCUGUGGGGCUUGCCAGAGACUGUGUUUUAUUUCCCCCACCACCAUCACCACCACCUGGCUUCUGCCAUAUGGCAGAAGAAGUGUGACUGGAUAAUUAAGACUUUGCAAUAUGAAAGCCAGUAGCUCUUUCCCCUCACCGCGGAAUGACUGGUUUCCCCUAAAAUUGGCACUGAGAUUUGCUACACUUCUCCUCACCUAGUAUGUAAUACAUCACCCCAGGUUCCAGUGUGGAACACGAUGUGCCCUGUUCCCCACAGCCGUCCCUGCAUUGGUAUUUCUGGCUCUUGUCUAAUUUUGUACACGUCCUUAAUUUUUAACUGUUUUUCCUGUAAAUAUAGUUUUGUACAAUGUUAUCUCUGCGGGAGGGAGGGAGGCAAGCUAAGGUGGCACCAGGUUGGAUAGAUUAUAGCUCCUGAGUUCUACCACUCUGGAACCUAACCGGAAACAUAAACCUAGUUUUUAA